UGAUCACAGUCGUCGCUUGCGCGCCGCCAAAUCGGCAUCACGCAGCGUGACGAGAGCGAGAGGCGCCUUACGGGAAAUAAACAGAGUGCGGUGUGUAGUAGUGGUGGCAAGAGCGCGCGUUCAACGAGAUGUCGUCGCCGACCAAGAAGGCCAAGGAGCUGGAGGAUCCAGGCUCGGGCGAGGGGGACGCGCAGGACUACAUACGGAACAUCGAGAUACAGAAGACCCUGGAGGAGAUCGACGGUUGUCAGAAUCAAAUCGAUGGCCUGAACGAGAAGGCCAGCGACGAGAUCCUCGAGGUCGAGAAGAAGUAUAACAAGCUGCGCAAGCCCUACUUUCAGAAGCGCAAUGACAUCAUCAAGAGGAUACCCAACUUUUGGGUCACCGCUUUUGUAAACAACAAAGAAAUAGCAGAAAUAUUGGAAGAGGACGAGGAAGACGCUCUGAGAUACCUUAACAAAUUAGAAGUCGAAGAAUUCGAGGACAUCAAAUCUGGCUAUAGGAUUAAUUUUCACUUUGACAAAAAUCCAUACUUCGAGAAUGAGGUUUUAACCAAGGAGUUUCACUUAGGGUCUUCUGGAGAUCCAGCAUCUCAAAGUACACCAAUCUGUUGGAAAGAGGGUGCGGACUUGACGAAGAAAGCAAAGACCAAAGCACCACUGAAAGGACGCAAGAGGCCACUCAAGCACAGAUCAUUUUUCGAUUGGUUCACGGAUCACGGAGAUCCAAGCUCGGACGAGAUAGCUGAAUUAAUUAAGGAUGACAUGUGGCCUAAUCCGCUGCAGUAUUAUCUCGCGCCAGAUAUCGACGUUGAAAAUGGCAUCGAAGGCGACGGUGAGGAAUGUGAAAGUGAAGAGGAAGAGGAAGAAGAGGACGGCGCUGACGAUGGUGAUGAAGGAGGAGAAGGGGGGGAAGGAGAAGAAGGAGAUGAUAGUAUAGUGGUGGUCGAGGAUGACGUCGAUGAGGAUGAUGAAGAGGAAGAGGAGGCUGUGAAUGACGAAGAUGAUGGUGUAAAUGAGGAGGAUGAUCUGCUGGUGGAUGACGAGGUGGAACGCGAAGAUGGAGAGGAGCCCGAAUAGAGUCGACAUCUGAUUCCUGAUAACGUCAAUGACAUUUCAAUGUGAAAAAAAAAAA